CGAGGAAGAAGAUGGCCGUACGCAUGCGCCUGGAAAGGCUACGUUAGUCUUUCUCUAGCAACAAGGUCCGUAAAGCUACGUGGACUUAGUUCUUACACCUCCGCCCAGACCCAGAAUCAGCCAAGUAACACCACAGACACAGCCAAAGCACCAUGGACCAGGUUAUGCAGUUUGUUGAGCCCAGCCGGCAAUUCGUCAAAGACUCAAUAAGGCUGGUGAAGAGAUGCACUAAACCAGACAGAAAAGAAUUUCAGAAGAUUGCCAUGGCCACAGCGAUCGGGUUUGCCAUCAUGGGCUUCAUUGGAUUCUUUGUGAAACUCAUCCACAUUCCCAUCAACAACAUCAUUGUGGGUGGCUGAUUCCUCACUGAUCAAAUAGGACUACAAAACUACAACAGGAGGCAGUGGUGCAAAGUGUUAUUAGUUAUUAGGGUGGUGGCUUUGGGGACUUAAGGGAUGUCAUUUUUACAUUCUGUGUACAAUAUUUGUAUUUGGCUCUGUUAAUAAAUCUUGCAAAUUCCAA